CUUCACCUUCUCAAUAUCUCCGCCUCCGUUGAUUUAUUUUUGCCUAUUUAAAUAGGACUGGAAAGUUGGCCAGCUCUUUCCUUCAAAGGGCAAAACCUGUUCUGCUUUUCUAGGGUUUUGCGGUUCCUUUUUCAUUAUAUAUCCGAUUAGGAAAACUCGGUCUACGGAUCAGCUCAUUGUAUUUCCUUUCGGGGAGCUUUGUUGUUGAGAAAUGGCCUUCUCUUCUUCGCUCCUUAGAUCUGCACCUUCUCCCGUUCUCGAUGCUGACGCUUUUUGUCCGUCUGACCGGUUAAAGGUAUCAUGCGGUGGCCUUAACCAAAAUGUUAAUGCUGUGAAGUUCCAGUCAAGUGUUUUCGGAAUUAGCAUCACUUUGGAUUCAUCUUUGCCACUGCAGAAGUCUACUACCCGCUGUAUCCAACCUAUUAAAGCAACAGCAACGGAAAUACCUCCAACAGUGCAAAAAUCCCGAAGUAGUGGGAAAACAAAAAUUGGCAUCAAUGGUUUUGGACGCAUUGGACGACUAGUUUUACGCAUAGCGACUUUCAGGAAUGAUAUUGAAGUGGUGGCAGUUAAUGAUCCUUUCAUUGAUGCAAAAUACAUGGCAUACAUGUUCAAGUAUGAUUCAACUCAUGGACCUUACAAGGGCACCAUUCGAGUUGUUGAUGACUCCACUUUAGAUAUCAACGGAAAGCAGAUCAAAGUUAGCAGUAAAAGGAACCCAGCAGAGAUUCCUUGGGGUGAUUAUGGGGCUGAGUACGUUGUUGAAUCUUCUGGGGUCUUUACAACUGUUGAGAAGGCUUCAGCACACAAAAAGGGUGGUGCAAAGAAAGUUGUAAUCUCAGCUCCAUCAGGCGAUGCUCCAAUGUUUGUUGUUGGUGUUAAUGAGGGUACUUACAAACCAAGCAUGGAUGUUGUUUCCAAUGCCAGCUGUACCACCAAUUGCCUUGCCCCUCUGGCCAAGGUAGUGCAUGAGGAAUUUGGAAUUCUAGAGGGUUUAAUGACAACUGUCCAUGCCACUACAGCCACACAGAAGACUGUUGAUGGCCCUUCAAUGAAGGACUGGCGGGGUGGCCGAGGAGCAGGGCAGAAUAUCAUCCCUAGCUCUACUGGUGCUGCGAAGGCUGUGGGAAAAGUUCUACCAGAACUUAAUGGUAAGCUCACUGGAAUGGCUUUCCGUGUUCCAACGCCUAAUGUAUCUGUUGUAGACUUGACUUGUCGACUUGAAAAGAGUGCUUCUUAUGAAGAUGUGAAAGCAGCCAUAAAGUAUGCAUCAGAGGGUCCAUUGAAAGGAAUUCUCGGGUACACUGAUGAAGAUGUCGUGUCCAAUGAUUUUGUUGGUGACUCAAGGUCAAGUAUAUUUGACGCCAAGGCUGGAAUAGGUCUUAGUAAGUCCUUCAUGAAACUUGUCUCCUGGUAUGACAACGAGUGGGGUUACAGUAACCGAGUUUUGGACCUCAUAGAGCAUAUGGCUUUGGUGGCAGCCACUAAGUAGAAUUAUAGCCCGUGUUGAUGAAGUUCUUUUGCAAGCCAUGAGUUUGGAAGAUGAUGUGGUUUCAGAAGUUUUAGCUCUCGUUCAGUGCUUGAAGUGUGAAUGGCCUUUUUAUCAUUAUAGUGAGUAGUCAUGUGAAGGGCGUCAGAAUAAUGUAGAAGAUACAUGUAUGGUUGUCUCUCUGCUGUUUUUAAGCCUAUGCAGCAUGGAAAUUGAUCUUUAUAGCUACAAAUUGUAUGCUUGGCAAGUGCA